CACACACACUCUCACCGGUUUCAUUCCACUAAUUAAACAAAAUAAGAACCAUGUGCAAUAUGUCUUCAUUAUGAAAGUAUUGCACAUUAACCACACCACUUCAACUACUAUAUAUAUAUGUAAAACACUAUAUGUAAUGUCUAUUAUGAUUGAUAAAUAUAUUUCAAAUAAUGGAAACUAACAUUCUACAAAAUAUUAUCACCAGACAUUGUUUAGUCCAAACAAUUUUCUUCAUCUCUGUAAUUCUCAUAUGUUUCCCAAAAAAUAACCAAGUAAUCUGCCACGACAAUAAUCAAGCUCAAGCCCCAGCAACAUGUUCAUGUGCACCACCAGAAAUAAUACCCGAAGUAAUACUAAGCUUCCUCGACCAAAGACUAGCCGUGGUGUACCCAAUCAUACAAACAUUCAAGAACACAAUCACUUCAGACCCCUUUGGAGUAACCAAAACAUGGGUUGGAUCCGAUGUGUGCAGCUACACCGGCUUCUACUGCGAUAACCCGCCCGAUAAUCUCACCGCCACCACCGUCUCCUCCAUCGAUUUCAACGGCUUCAACUUGGCAGCACCAACUCUAGAUGGCUUCAUAGACCAAAUCCCUGACUUAGCACUUUUUCAUGCCAACACCAACAAAUUCUCAGGCAUAAUUUCCCCGAAAAUCGCAACCUUACAAUAUCUCUACGAGUUAGACAUAAGCAACAACAACUUUGGGGGGCCUUUCCCAACUGUUCUCCUAGCCAUGACAGGUCUAACUUUCAUAGACUUACGUUAUAAUUCCUUUACAGGAGUUGUCCCACCACAGAUCUUUCAACAGAGUGUAGAAGCUCUGUUUUUAAACAACAACAACUUUAUUCAAAUAAUCCCCGAAUCCAUUGGCUCAACACCAACAACCCUUCUCGUCUUGGCCAACAACAAGUUCAUCGGACCGAUCCCGAGAAGCAUAGGAAAAGCCACGAGUUUAACAGAAGUUUUGUUGUUAAACAACUUGCUUACCGGUUGUGUCCCCUACGAGAUUGGGUUCUUAAGAAACGCCAUACUUUUCGACGCGAGUAACAACCUUUUGACAGGCCCUUUGCCCUGUUCUUUGGGGUGUUUAGAGAAUAUUGAGGUUCUUAACUUUGCUGGAAACUUACUCUAUGGUAAAGUACCUGAGGUGAUUUGUGAGUUGGGAAUGUUAAACAACUUUUCUCUUGCUGAUAAUUAUUUUACCUACGUUGGACCCCAUUGUAGGAGGUUGAUAAGUAAUGGGGUUCUUGAUGUGAAGAAUAAUUGUAUCCAUGGCGCUGGUUUAUCUGAUCAGAGAUCAAUAGAAGAGUGUGCUUUGUUUUUCAUGAAACCAAGGAGUUGUUUGCACCCAUCUUGGUUUACUUUUCUCCCGUGUAGGUCUAACCCUCAUGAUCAUGAUCAUGGUCAUGAUCACUCGGCGCCUUUCAAGCGUCCUGCUCUGCCUCAUCAUCCACAUUCCAAGAGAAAAUUGUUAUCUUAUGAUGCCCUUUCUAGGCAUAGACAAAUUGGAGUUAAUUAAUAUGUAAGCAAAUGAAGUUUCAUCAUAAUAAUUCUGUAUGUAUUUAUAUGAAAGGUAAAGUUGGUCAAAGAAUUUUGCGUGGAUUCUAUGAAUGCCAUUAAUUAAAGAGUAAAGACCAUUAUAAAGAUUUAACCAAAA